GAAGAGGAGAGGAAAACACAGCAGAGGGUGAAUGAGAUGGCGGAGGAAGACUUCCGAGCAGAAGCAGAUGCUGAGAUUGGGAAUGGGAAUGGGACCCACACCCACAGCCACUGGAGGUGGUGGGCAGCCGCCAGCGCGGCCCAAUUGGGGUGGGGCGUAGCAUCCUUCAAAAAGGGCUACGCCGGACACUCCAACCUCAUGCCCCUCAAGGCCUUCGCCGUUGCCUCUCUCUUCGUCGGCGCCGCCGCCUCCGCCUCCCUCUCCGCUCUUCAUGCUUCUGGCAUCCACAAGGUUGAAGACUUUCUGGAAGUCGGUGCAAAUAUAAGGACCAGUUGCGGGAUUCGUCCAAAAGCACGAGAUGAUUGACAGUCUUUUGCAUAUUUUUAGUCCAACAUUUUUAAUAAAUGAUUUUGUAUAUGUUUAUCCGAAGAUCAUUGUAACAUUGUCGAUCGAGUUCUUGUAAAUUCUGAUGAUGAUGAGAAAGUGACCGCCCUAUCACCCCGAGUUUUCAUUUAAAAUUCUUUUUUGCUCACUGUCUGUUUAACAGAGCCCACAUUAUUGCCAGAAUCCAACAAACUGAUAAUGUAAUUGGUUCAGAAACACAAGGAUCAUAAGGAACCAAUAGUUGUUAACUCGGACGACAGCUUAU